AUGGUCCGCACAGAAGGUGUGGCGCACAAUGGGUGGACGAGAGUAAAUACCCCUAUCAGAAGGACAAACAUGGACAAAUGCCAAACUCACGGAGCGACGAACAACUGCACCUACUGGCACCGGAAGGUCCGCCGAUGCCACGGUAGCCAUGGCGGAAAUUACCACGGUACCGUACCGCAUGUUAUGGCGCACAAUGGAGGCACGCUGGAAUCACAUUUUCAACAAGUUCAGGGGUGGUCCGCCGUCGACGCCGUUGCCAGGGCGGAAUUUGAAAGAGUGAUCUUCCUCUCGUCUUGUUUCAUUGCGUCCGUCACAGAAGAUAUGACGCACAAUGGGUAUAGCAGAGGGGCUCAGGGGUGGUCCGCCCAUGCCACCGUUGCCACGGCGGAAUUUGGAAGAACAGUCCUCCCAUAUGGAUGUACCGAUGUGGAUAUACCCUCUUAUGCGGUAGUGACAUUAUCGUCAUUCGCUGCAUGGCCAGUCGAGCUUUACAUCGAAUGGUAUGAGUAUGAUCCACCCCACAUAUAUGGAGGACCGCCCCUGAUACAUGCUCCACCGGCCAAGCGUCUGGCGGCAGACUGGGUGGACCGCCACCGCCACAAAGGCUCAGGCGGCACUGAAUUGUGCACCUCCUCUGUUGUCUCUGUACAUCCACCAUCGAAGGUAUGGCGCACAAUGGGUGUAGCAGGAUGGCGCCAUAUAUCUGACUGGCCAUCAUCGCCAAAUGCAUGGCUCAGGGGCUCACCGCCAAGGCAAGCCUGGUAUGCAUCAGGGGGCGCCACCCCUAUGAUGAGGUGGGGAGUAACAUUGUCGUCAUUCGCUGCGUGGCCAGUCGAGCUUUAUAUCGAAUGGCAAUUGCAGCGUCCACCAGCCAUAUAUUAUAUGGGCGGACAGCACACCGAUGCACAAUGGCCCGUCGAGCUUUACAUCGUGUGGGCGGACCACCCCCUGAGCCUGAUGUUUGGCGAUGGGCGCCAUUCAUCACAGGUGUAUCAUGCUGCUCUACCCAUUGUGCGCCAUAUCUUCUGUGAUGGACGCAAUGGCAUAAGGAGAGGGGUCAGCUCUUCCAAUUUCCGCCGUCGCAACGGUAGCGACUGCGGACCAUCAUUGGGCCUCAUGUUUGAUUAUGGCCGCCAUCCAGUACUAUGGCGCCACUCUGUUACACCCAUUGCGCGCCAUAUCUUCGAUGGUUGA